AUGGAAGCGAAAUCCUUCCCUCCGCAGGUGAAAUCCGGCGCAGAUUUUUUUCCCAAAAUUCCUGUUUUUCCAGGCCCUCGUGAGGAGAUCAUCUACGUGCCCUGCAUCUACCGGAACACCGGGAGGAAAAUUCCCGAUUUUUUGGCCACGGUGGAUGUGGAUCCCAAAUCGCCCCAAUACUGCCAGGUGAUCCACCGUUUGCCCAUGCCCAACGUGGCCGAUGAGCUGCACCACUCGGGUUGGAACGCCUGCAGCAGCUGCCACGGUGACCCCGGCAAAGCGCGGAACCGCCUGGUGCUGCCGGGGCUCAUCUCCUCGCGCAUCUACGUGCUGGACGUGGGCACCGAGCCCCGGGCCCCCCGCAUCCACAAGGUGCCAAGGCGCUACGGGCGCCGUCUGAACGUGUGGGACUGGAGCAGCCACCGUUACAUUCAGGCUCUGGACGUGGGCGAGGAUUCGGCCCCGCUGGAAAUUCGAUUCCUGCACGACCCCGACGCCGCCCAGGGCUUCGUGGGCUGCACCCUGAGCAGCGCCGUGCACCGCUUCUACAAAACACAGAGCGGCGCGUGGGCGGCCGAGAAGGUGAUUCAGGUGCCCAACAAGAAAGUUCGGGGUUGGCUCCUCCCAGAAAUGCCAGGUGGGCAAAUUCCCGGGAAUUUUCACGGAUCUGGGAGAGGUCGGAAAAUCUCCGAACCCCCUGGGAAAAAAAUGUUCUUGGUUCCCCUAAAAAUUCCCCCCUAA